AUGUCUAUUUCACCUCCCAUCCGACGCCUGUCCACAAACUCCAGCAGCAGAGAAGACCUCAUUAAUCAGUAUGAAGCAGAAGAGGAACGUAUUAUAAACAUUCUCUCCAGGAAGCUAGAGCAGCUACGGGAGGAAAAGAUUGAACUAGAAAAUGUCCUUGAGGCGGAGUCGGAGUCCCAUGUGAACAGACUAUCCAGAGAAAUCUCUGCUUUACGACUGUCUCAGCAGCAGCAAGCAGGCCCCUCCCAUCUGAACGGGACUGACAGCGGGUCUCCCCUAGAUGCCCGAAUAGCCCCCCAACUUGCACAUCUAUUCAGCAGAAGCAAUGGAGGGCCAAGCUCGGACAUGAUUCUUGAUGCACUGAGGCGGGAGAACGAGGCGUUGAGGAGUCGUUUGGUCGAGACGGAACAGGACUUCGUCCGGAUCUCGCGGCUGAAUGAGGUGUACAGGGAGGAACUGAUCCAGCAUCGUCGCAGGCUCGGGUUGCCCGUUGACAGCCUCAUAGGGCUCCCACAGUCCGAGCCAUUUUCCCAACCUACACAUCGUCGGUCGAGCACCGGGAGCUCUCCUUCAAGUUCUGUCCACAUCCCCUCCAAUUCUUCUCACCCAGCCAGGCAUGCAUCAGCCGUUCCGAUACCGCGUCCACCAUCGCAAAUCCAUCGUCCCGCCAACACCAUCUCGUCGGAGUCGACCACUCCUCUCUCGCAUUCUCCUUCCUCCGUUAGCACCUCGCCCUUCCCCUUCUCUCCCGUCACUACAUCACCCUUUCCUGCAAGCUACACCAGUGCUGUAACGAAUCUCACUACACCUCCAUCAAUAGGUUCGGUCGCUGUCAGUCCGCCUACAUUCACAGCAGGAGGCACGCGAAUGUUAUCCUAUCCUUCCGUGCCCCCACCCUCGCUCUCGUCCUCCUUCGGCUCCCCGUCCACAUCCCUCCAUCAGACAUGGACUACUUCGCACCCUAUAUCUUCCACAUCCCAGGAUCAUGAUGGGACGCCGUCCCCUGUGGAAUCCUUCCACAGCCGCCGGAACUCGUUCAACAGACGCGGAAGCUCCGAGCGACGCGUCGCCGAGACGGGGAGACUACGACGCAGCAUGAGCCGUGGGCAGAGUCAUAGUCGUCGCGAAAGUGUCGAGCGCGGGGCACGCAUCGCAGAGACCGGCUCGCUCGUCCCGAGGAACCGCUCGGCCAGCUUCGGCCUUCCGGAGACCAUCGAAGACGCCGACCCUAAUGUUCCUUCUGUCCCCCGCGAUGCUGAAAGGGGACCAGGUAGCAAAACCACUCAAGCACCUACUCCACAGCCGACUGCAUGAUUCUGCGCACGCGGCGACACCGCAGAGUGCCGUAGAAUUUCUUCGGCAGAUUUUCUCUACUCGUAAUCCAAGCCUCAUGGGCUUGUGCCAAUAUCGAAACGGUGUGCCUUUGUAUGACUAUGAUAGCUAUAGCAUGAAGUUUCAAUUUUUUUUCUCCUCGGACCAGCCCAUGUACUAUAACACGUACCGUAUCCCACUAUAAAACGAAUUGCAUAAUGCUUCUUCC